CUUUCCUUUAACUGUUCCGAAUUUCCUUUUCAAAAUGCGCCAGCUCUCGCUCCGUACACCCGCUCUCCGCCUUGCUGCAACCCGCGCCCUCAGCACAUCGCAGCCACGCGGCACACUCGCCGCAGCCAUGGCGACCUUGGCCUCAGCCAAGCAUCUGCGUACGGCCAGCACACCGGCGAUCAGCGCCAUUGCUCGCCCUCGCUUCACCGCGAUGCGCAGCUACUCGACAGAAACCGAGGUGGGCGAGACGCACGAGUUCAAGGCCGAAACAAAGAAGCUCCUGCACAUUGUCGCGCAUUCGCUGUAUUCGCAGCGCGAGGUGUUUGUGCGUGAGCUGAUCUCGAAUGCAUCUGAUGCGCUGGAGAAGCUGCGGCACUUGCAGGUCACGUCGCAGGAUGUGCAAACCGACAAGCCGCUGGCGAUCGAUAUUUCGGUGGACGCGGACGCCAAGACCAUCACGUUCCAGGACUCGGGCAUUGGCAUGAGCGCCGAGGAGCUGAAGGAGAACCUGGGCACAAUCGCGCGGUCGGGCUCCAAGGCGUAUAUCGAGAAGAUGCAGGAAGGCCAGGAUACCAAGGACAUGGCUAACACGAUUGUUGGCCAGUUUGGCGUUGGCUUCUACUCAGCAUUUAUGAUCGGUGACAAGAUCACGGUGUUUACGCGCUCAGCGCAGCCCGGUAGCCAGGGAUACAAGUGGGAGUCGGACGGACUCGGCUCCUACACACUGAAGGCGGCCGAGAACGUUGAUGUGGGCACAAAAAUCGUGAUCCAUGUCAAGGAGGACGCCAACGAGUACCUGGAUAAGGGCAAUCUGGAAAAGAUCAUCUGCAAGUACAGCAACUUUGUCGGAUUCCCGAUCUCGGUCAACGGCGAGAAGGUCAACACAGUCGAGGCACUGUGGACCAAGGGCAAGAAUGAGAUCAGCGAGGAGGAGCACACCGACUUUUACCGGUUCAUCUCACGCAACCUGGACCAGCCGCUGUACACAUUGGUGUACAAGGCCGAUGCGCCACUGUCAAUCCGCAGCAUCCUGUAUGCGCCGACCAAGGAUCCGGAGGCCAUGGGCUUUGAGCGGGUCAAGCCUGGCGUCAGCCUGUAUUCGCGCAAGGUGCUGAUCAUGGCCAAUGCCGAGAGCCUGUUGCCCGACUGGCUGCGGUUUGUGCAGGGCGUGGUGGACUCUGAGGAUCUGCCCCUGAACCUGUCGCGCGAGCUGCUGCAGAACGGCCCUGUGAUCAACCGCCUCAAGUCAAUUGUCACCGGCCGCAUCAUCAAGUGGCUCCAGGAGGAGGCUCGGCGGGACGAGGCCAAGUUUGCUGAUUUCUCCAAGACCUUUGGUGCCUACAUCAAGGAGGGUGUGUGCCAGGAUGUGGCCAACCAGGCUGAGAUUGCGAAGCUGCUGCGCUUCGAGACGUCGAAGGAGGAGGCCGGCAAGCUGGUUGCGCUCGAGGACUACGUCGCGCGGAUGCCCGAGGACCAGGAGCACAUUUACUUUUUCUGCACGCCGAACCGGCGCCUGGGCGAGGACAGCCCGUACUACGAGCCGUUCAAGCAGCACGGCGCCGAGGUCCUGUUCCUGCACCACCCGCUGGACGAGUUUGUGAUGGGUCGUCUGCAGAACUUCAAGGGCAAGCGGCUCGUGUCUGUUGACUCGGAGGACGCCGCCGCAGUGCUCAAGAAGUGGAAUGCCGAGGACGCCAAGACUGAGGGCUCCGCCGAGGCGCUGUCUGAGGAGCAGUCGAACGAGCUGACGGCGUGGAUGUUUGGCAAGCUUGGCAUGCCGGUCAAGGAGGUCAAGGUGGCCGACCGGUUCAUGACGUAUCCGGCGGUGGUCACGGAUUUCGAGUCGCCGGCCGUGCGCCGCAUGAUGAAGAUGAUGGCCGGUGGCACUGACAUGCCGCUGCCCGUGACGCCGUGCAAUCUGGAGAUCAACCCGCGGGACCCGAUCAUCAAGGGUCUGUUCGGCCUGAAGAGUACAGACGAGGAGCUGGCGGCCAAGGUCACAAAGCAGCUGCUGGACAAUGCGCUGAUUACUGCGGGUAUCAUGGACGACCCGCGGACCAUGAUCAAGCAGCUCAACGAGAUUCUGGCUGCCACUGUCAACAAGUAGACAAUCUCUGAACUAUAAAUCUACAAUGCUGAGGUCCUGGUGAAUGCUUGAAUUCAGCCUACAAUUGAAGCGCGUCCUCCCAAGCCCUUCUCAGGGCGCAAGUAACAAAGAGCGCAUCUGACAAUGUUUGCUGAGCAAUAAUCCAUACACGAGGUAGGCCAUGCAGAUCACAACACAGAAGCCAAAACCACAGUUUCUGCGUCUGUUGGGGAG